UUUUUUUAAUUAUUGCACACGGUAACACUAAAAACCUUUGUUUAUCCCGACUCAAUUCCUCUUGUAAUUAUUUAUUGUAGUAUGCAAAUGAAUAGCCAUUGACAAUUUUAAAAUGAGCACACCGCGUAAGAACUUCAACAACCUGCCGCCCUUCACGCAAGGUGGCCAGUAUCCAUCGCAGUCAGCAGACUACAGAACCCAGCAAUUUGGUGGGCAGCAGGCGGCGCAAAAACCCAACUUCGGCUUUUACGAGGACAAGCAGGGACAGAAGCCUCAAGCCAACAUACCGCACUUUUAUCAAAAUCAAUCAUCUCAGGAACCGCAACGGCACCGGCCGUACGGACAGGGCAGGAAUUUUGGCCGCGGCAACUUUAAUCGCAGGAACCAAUCAAACUGGGACCGUAAUCAGAGGAACCAACAAAACAGAGAGCAUAGCCAAAAUAACAGCUCCAUUGGGCAAUACUUUCAUUCAUCCAUGUUGGAAGAUCCCUGGCGGGAUUUGAUGAAACGUCACGAGGCCAUCCAUGGAUCCUGCACAACCCAAACACCACCUAAAGAGGUGGAGGCUUCUUAGCAACUCACAUGUGGUUAAAGCAAGCUUAUAAAUCACAAAUUUAUUUAGAAUCAUCUAAAAUUAGAAUUGCAAAUAAGAAAGUUAAAAUAAAACUACUAUGUCUAUGUCUUCUUCAAUGUUAAA